AUGGCAAUGCUUUCAAGCCGCCAUAUUUGUUUGGUGGUAGUGGUAGUUGUAUGUUGUUUAAUACAGACAUCAUUGCGGGCAAUGGCCUCAGAAAGUAGUGUGCAUUCAGCGACAGUAAACGAGGUUCAUCUAGUACCCAUAGAUAUCAUAAUUCGACCCAUUCCUCCGGUUCUAGAGGAAGCAAAAGUCAACUCACUCAUUAAAACAAUUCAGGUGGGUUCUAAUGUCGAGCGUUUAUACGGAAUAAUGAUAACCAUACAUGCUUCCUAGAAUGAAACCCAAAAUAAGGUAAGUAGUUUGACACAUUUUAAUUUUGAUAUUCAGUCUACCCACAAAAGGUUCCCAACUAAGACGAAUUAGGGCUCCGAUCCUGGAUGCUAUGAUAAUGCAGAAAAAUAUGGUAAUAAAAAAAUACACUCAUCAAGAACUAUGUAGAACGCAUUGAAAGCUUCACAGUAUUUGCGGCAAAAUUAUUAUUUAAAAGAAUAACUUAGAGCAAAUGUAUAAAAAAUGGGGCAAAUCCUUCUGUAGUGAAUUUUCUCUCCAAAUUAAGCCCUUUGCAGACAGCCAUUCACCGCUGUGCUGGAGAGCAAAAGUCGCACUGGGACAAGACAAACAAAAGGCUAACAUAAUUUUAAAUGGUAUUUUCCUUUGUUUGUCUCGUCCCAGUGCGACUUGUACUCUCGGUCGAGUAUUGUACCAUGUGAAUGGCUAACUGCAAAGGGGGCUAUUUGAAGGCCUGAACAGUGCAUGUAUAUGUUAAUAUCUGUUCAGUAAUACCCUGGCCAGAGACCCCCUACACAGACUGUCCAACCUUUUGAGUAGGUAAAAUUGGGAUAUUUUUUGAUAAUCGAGGAAUCACAUGAAGGGGUGAGCCACUAGGGGGCUCUAGGAUCAUUCUCCCCAAGAAAUAAAUGUGAAAUCGUGAUCCUCCAAGACGCCAUUUCUAUCCAAAAAUAAUGUUCACUAAAUUGAUUGCGGCUUUUUGUUCAAGUAUUCAAAGUUUUCUGGUGUAUCAGUUUUCAUUAAGUAUACUCUAAUAUGUGUUCUUGUAUAAGUAUCACAAGAAUUCAUUUGGAAAUAAUUAUCAGAACAGAUUUCAAAAUCGGGAUUUUUUUAUCCCGAUUGCAGAUUGGUUGGGAUUCGGGAUUUUCAAGCAAAAUCGGGAGAAUCCUGACAAAAUCGGGAUGGUUGGACAGUCUGCCUACACUUCCUAUUGGUAAUCCUGAAUACAUGUACUCAGUAGCUUCCAUCUCAUUCCAUCAUGUUUCAGGAUAAGAGUUUAAGACAUACAGUACCACCAAUUGAUGUCUUAUGGAUUAAAGGACGAGAGGGAGGUGAUUAUUAUUACUCAUUUGGUGGCUGCCACAGGUAUGAAGCUUACAGAAAGCUCAACAUGAAAACUAUUCCUUGCAAGAUCAUUCAAGCCACCAUUGAACAUCUUAGAGUCUAUUUAGGAUCUUCUCUGCCAGACUUAAAAUGA